UGUAUUCUGCCUUGCAAGAUUUUUAGUGCCAGCUUGUUCGCUAUCUCUGCCCAAGCUCACUUGUUUCUCUCUCUCUCUCUCUCUCUCUCGGCAUACCUUCUCCGCUCCCCACUUCCUUGAUCUAUUCUUCUUGUUCUCAGCGUACUUUCUUCACUUUUUUUCCUGACCAGUUUGGUGCAGUAACGACCGAGAUCGACUAUGGCGACCGAGGCUCGGGAGGAGAAUGUGUACAUGGCCAAGUUGGCCGAGCAGGCCGAGCGAUACGAUGAAAUGGUCGAGGCUAUGGAGAAGGUAGCCAAGUCUGUUGACACGGAGGAGCUCACCGUCGAGGAGCGCAACCUGCUGUCCGUGGCUUACAAGAACGUGAUUGGUGCCAGAAGGGCCUCGUGGAGAAUUAUCUCCUCAAUCGAGCAGAAGGAGGAGAGCAAGGGUAACGAGGAGCACGUUGCCGCCAUCAAGACGUAUCGCGCCAAGGUGGAGUCUGAGUUGAGUGCCAUUUGCGACAGUAUUCUCAAGCUUCUGGAUUCCCACUUGAUCCCCACUUCUAGCACAGGGGAGUCUAAGGUUUUCUACCUCAAGAUGAAGGGUGAUUACCACAGGUACCUGGCUGAGUUUAAGACUGGAGCCGAGAGGAAGGAAGCUGCUGAGGCCACAUUGUUGGCCUACAAGUCCGCUCAAGAUAUUGCCUUGACGGAGUUGGCUCCCACUCACCCGAUCAGACUUGGACUGGCUUUGAAUUUCUCUGUAUUCUAUUACGAGAUUCUCAACUCCCCCGAUCGGGCAUGCGCUCUCGCGAAACAGGCUUUUGAUGAAGCUAUUGCUGAACUCGAUACCCUUGGUGAAGAAUCUUACAAGGAUAGCACACUAAUCAUGCAGCUUCUUCGUGACAACCUUACGUUGUGGACUUCUGACAUGCAGGAUGAGGUGGGCGCGGAUGACAAGGACGCCAAGAUUGAAGAAGCCGAACACUAAAUUACUGGUUAAGUUAUCAGUUAUUUAACAUUGUAGAGGGGUAAUGGUGAGUGGGUAAUUUCCCACUCAAUGUUGACUAGUCAUGAAAUAUCUGAGCCCUGCCUAUCACCAGAUUGGUAUUCUGUUGACCUUGUUUCUGGCAAGAUCGUGAGUCGCUGCGCUGUAAAGCUCUUUUGUUUUUCUUAGUUUCUCGGCCGGAUGGUGCUUGUGCUUUCCCGGUUCCUCCAUUAGUGCGGGUAUCUCUCUAAGCAGGCGACUUGUUUAUUCAUUUGGUGAAUGAAUCAUCUUCAUGGAAUGUCCUAAUGAGCACAUUCUCUAUUAACGUACGAUCUUCGAUUA